GCUUGGCUUCACCAGCUAGCUCUCUCCAUACCGCAUCUGUGUUUCCUUGUGUUUUGGAGCUCCAGGCGUAGCCAUGGCUGAGGUACUGGCCACCAUGGUGGUCGGGCCACUGGUGUCCAUGGUGAACGAGAAGGCCUCCAGCUACCUCCUGGACCAGUACAAGGUGAUGGAGGGCAUGGAGAAGCAGCACGAGCUCCUCAAGCGCAAGUUGUUGCACAUCCUGGACGUCAUGAUCGACGCCGAGGAACAGGCAGCAGCCAAGAGAGAAGGGGCGAAAGUUUGGCUAGAGGAGGUUCGGAAGGUUGCCUACCAGGCGAAUGAUGUCCUCGACGAGUUCAAGUACGAGGCGCUGCGCCGCAAAGCCAAGGAGGAGGGCCGCUACAAGGACCUCAGCAUGGAUGUAAUAAAGCUCUUCCCUACUCGCAACCGUAUUGUUUUCCGUUACAGGAUGGCAAACAAGCUCCGUAUGAUCUUGCAAGAAAUUGAUGACCUCAUCAAAGAGAUGAAUGACUUUAGGUUCAUGUUUAAACCAGGGCCACCAGAGCCCACAAAUUACUUGAGGCAGAAUAUUUCUCAUAUCAUCGACCCUGUGAACAUUGCCAAAGAAUCAAGAGCCCAAGAGAAGAAGGAUGUUGUUGAUAGAUUACUUGCCCAAGCUAGCAGCUCGGAUCUCACGGCCCUUCCCAUCGUCGGAAUGGGAGGGUUGGGCAAGACCACCUUAGCGCAGCUCAUUUACAAUGACCCUGAAAUCAAGAAGCAUUUCCAGUUGCGGCUUUGGGUGUGUGUCUCUGAUAACUUUGAGGUGGAUUCCCUGGCUGAUAGAAUACUGAAAGAGAAUGGUUGUAAAGCAACUGGUUGCUCAGCAUUGGAGAAGCUUCAAAAUGCAGUGAGUGGGAAGAGGUACCUACUCGUAUUGGAUGAUGUAUGGAACCGUGAUGAGCACAAGUGGGAAAGGCUUAAGUCCUACCUUCAGCAUGGUGGCAACGGUAGCUCAGUACUGACAACAACUCGUGAUGAAGCAGUUGCUAAACUAAUGAUGGGCAAAACUGAAGGAGCCUAUAAACUUGAAAGCUUGGGUGCAUACUUCAUAGAGAAAAUUAUCAAGACAAGAGCAUUCAGUUCAAAAGAAGAGGAGUGGCCUGGUGAACUAGUUAAAAUGGUCGGACAAGUUGCCAAGAGAUGUUCUGGCUCUCCUUUGGCUGCUACAGCUUUGGGCUCGGUACUGCGUACCAAGACCAGCAAGCAAGAAUGGGAUGCUGUACUAAAUAGAAGCACUAUUUGUGAUGAGGAAAAUGGAAUUUUACCAGUACUUAAAUUGAGUUACAAUUGCUUGCCAUCAUAUAUGCGGCAAUGCUUUGCUUUCUGUGCUAUGUUUCCCAAGGAUUAUGAGAUUGAUGUGCAAAGUCUAAUCCACCUAUGGAUGGCCAAUGGUUUUAUCCCAGAGCAACCAGGAGUGUGUCCUGAAACCAUUGGAGAAAAAAUUUUCAAUGAGCUGAAGUCGAGGUCAUUUUAUCAGGAUUUGAAGAGUGUCCCAUUUGAACAAAAAUAUGAUACUAUUGGACAGAUCAGGUAUACGUAUUGUUCUAAAAUUACUUGUAAGAUCCACGACCUUAUGCAUGAUGUUGCAGAAUCUUCUAUGGGAAAAGAAUGUGCCGCAAUAGCUACACACCCGAGCCAAAGUGAGUAUGCUCUUCAUUCCGCUCGUCAUUUGUAUUUAUCAGUGCGUCAACCAGAAAAUCUUCUGAAUGCUUCCGUAGAGAAAGGAUCUCCAGCUUUCCAAACAUUGAUAUGUGAUGGAUAUGUAAAAGAAGAUUUGAAGAUCUUAUCAAAAUACAACUCUAUCAGAGCCUUAAAGAUCAAACGAGGUUCAUUCCUAAGGCCGAAAUAUCUUCAUCACCUGAGGUAUCUUGAUCUCUCAGAAAGUGAAAUUGAAGCACUUCCUGAAGACAUUAGCAUCCUAUAUCAUCUGCAAACACUGAAACUUUCUUACUGUCGUAAGCUUGAACGACUUCCAAAGGAACUGAAGUAUUUGACUUCCCUCCGUCACCUCUACACUCACGGAUGUAGAAAGUUGAAAAGCAUGCCCGGAGGGCUCGGACACCUCACUUCCCUACAGACACUUACAUGCUUUGUAGCAGGUACCGACUCCGGUUGCAGUAAUGUGAGAGAGCUGCAGGAUUUGGACCUCGGUGGUAGACUAGAGCUAAGACAGCUCGAAAAUGUCACAGGAGCAAAUGGUGCGCAAGCAGCAGGUCUUGGAAACAAGAAAAACUUGACUGAACUGGAGUUAAGAUGGACUGAUGGUGAUCAGGAAGCACAAAAUAGUAAUCACGAAGAGGUGGUGGAAGGUCUCAAACCUCAUGAUGGGCUGAAGGUCCUGAGGAUAUAUUCCUGUGGGAGCAGUACUUUUCCAACGUGGAUGGAUAUGUUGAAUGGCAUGGUGGAGCUUAAGUUAUCUGGUUGCAAAAGGCUCGAGAAGCUUCCUGCACUCUGGCAGUUACCAGCUCUGGAAAUUCUUCACCUAAAAGGAUUGGAAAGUUUACAUUGUUUGUGCAGCGGCGCUACUACAGCCGUCACAUUUCAGAAACUGAAGGUGCUUUUCUUGUUUAAGAUGCCAAAAUUUGAGGCAUGGCUGGACACAGAUGUGGUACAAGGAGAAGGACUGAUAUUUCCCAUGGUUGAGGAGCUGGAGAUCCGCGAGUGUGGAAGUUUGACUGCAUUACCAAAAGCAGCAUCGGUGAUUACGGAAUCGUCCGGCGGAGUUGAUACUAAGUGCCGCUCUGCAUUUCCAGCACUGAGGAAGCUAUUCUUAUUUAAUCUGUCGGCUCUUGAGAGAUGGGGGGCAGCCGAAGGAACUCCAGGAGAAGAGGUAACAUUUCCUCUGCUGGAGGACUUGGAAAUUAUUGUCUGCCCGAAGUUGACUGGUCUCCCUGAAACACCCAAGCUAGGUGAAUUAGUCAUAUUAGGAGAAGAUAUGUCCCUGCAGGCAGUUAGCAGAUGCAUUCCUUCGCUGUCCAGUCUGCGUCUGAAUGUGUCACCCGAUGACACGGAAACAACAUUGCUGCAUGUCAAGCAGAAAUGGAAUCAUGAACUCCCCCUGGCAGCUAUGACGCUAAUUAGGUGCGACCUUUUGUUCUCCUCCCACCCAGGUGCACUAGCGUUGUGGACAUGUUUUGCACGGCUUGUAGAUUUGACAAUUCGGAAUUGCAACGCUCUUGUCUACUGGCCAGAAAACGUGUUCCAGGUCCUGGUAUCCCUAAGGAGGUUAUCAAUUUGGAGAUGCAGCAAACUGACAGGACACACACAAGCUUCUGACGGGCAAUCUGCUCCAGAACGGGGUGGGCUCCUGCCACAUCUGGAAUCUCUAUCGAUAGGUGGUUGCACAUCUUUGGUGGAGGUCCCCAACCUGCCGGCAUCUCUCAAGACAUUACUUAUUGGUGGAUGCGGUGAUAAUAUCAAGUCCAUCAUAUUCGGUCAGCAUGAGUCUGUGAUGCCGGUGGGUGGAGAAGGUGUCGUACAGCCGGACACGUCAUCAUUAAUUUCAGGAUCCAACGGUAGUGAGGCCACGGCGUCUACAGCUGUACUGAAGCUGUCAUCAGCAGCCAACCAUCGCUCCCUUCCAUGCCUAGAAUUUCUAUUGAUAAGUGAUUGCGCUCAUUUGUCAGAGGUUGCCAAUCUUCCUCCGUCUAUCAAGAUCUUGGAAAUUUUGAGCUGCGACAACCUUCAAUCCCUAUCAGGAAAGCUAGAUGCCGUCCAAGAAUUAACUAUUCGGUUCUGCGGUAGGUUGGAGUCACUGGAAUCUUGCGUAGGAGAGCUCCGAUCGCUGGAACUACUCAAACUUGAUGGUUGUAGAAGCCUGGUGUCCUUACCGGAUGGGUCUCAAGCAUACUCAUCUCUUAGAUAUCUUGAGAUUCAAGAUUGUGAUAGUAUAAAGUUGCUUCCGCGGAGCCUACGGAGCCGUUUGGAUUGCCUCAAGGAGAAAGACCUAGAUGCCCGUUACGAAGAAACGACUUGGAAACGUGCAAUCAGGACGCUGGUGCGUGCUCGAAAUAGCAGAUUGAGGACCUAAUAAAGAAAGUUACCAUCAAGUUUUUUUUUGAGGGGAUAUCACCAAGGAUCGUUGUUACCAGACCUGCAAAUGAUGGAUUAUUGUGACCGUGGUAGAAUGUAUAACAUACACUUACUGAAGAUAAUCUCCAGUGAACUCCAUCGGAAGUCCAAGAUUUUAAGCAGCAAACAAGUCCCAGAACGCAAGCUGAAGAAUUUAGCACAUGGAGCUCCGUGCUCAAGUCCUUUAUCCUUCUUCAAGCUGAAGUCCUUUAUUUUGAGCAGAAAACAAGUCCCAGAGUGCACUCUGAAGAAUUAUAGCAUACCGAGCUCCAUGAUCCAGCUUUUUAUCCUUCUCUUUUCUUUUGAACUGUGACGUGUUUGAAUUCGUGCCUGCUCCAGCACAAGCGAAACAUAGCUAGGGCUUCCAUUUCGUGAUGUGUUUUUUCUACAUGACCGCAGAAGAUAAUUGCCAAAUCAAUAGUCCAACAUGUUCAUGUUGUUGUUCGA